AUGCUCAGCUCAACUUUGUUGUUGCCACUGCUCCCUGUAGCAGCGGCUGUACCAUGGGGAACCCCUAGUGGUGGUGGAUCGUCGUCGUCGUCGACUCCCGACUUCGACAACGUUACCAUCUUCGUGGCUCCAGAGAACUGGGCACGUCGCAGCACAAGCUACGCCCGAGUGGCCCUGUUGAACCAGAACUGCGAGACCGACAAUGUCCUCCUGACGACAUUUACGCUCACUCCCGACGAUGAACGCUACUAUCCGGUCUUUGCAUCCCAUGACCAGGGCCAGUCGUGGGAACAGAUCUCAAAGAUCUACUUCAGCCAAGACGAUACAGGGCAUGACUUCAGCCAGGGAUUCCUGGCGCAGCCCGACUUCCUCGAACUGCCCAUAGACGUGGGUGAGUAUCCGGCAGGAACCGUUUUGUUCACGGGCAUGGGUCAGCCCAACGACCGGUCAUCCACGAACAUUUAUGUCUAUGCCUCCCGAGAUAAAGGAUAUACAUGGGAAUUCGUCUCCCAAGUCGCCCAGGGCGGGCCGGCCAACACCACCAACGGGGCGACCCCGAUCUGGGAACCGUUCCUCCUCAUGUCCCCCGUCAGCCACAGCCCACCGUGGGUGAUGAACGCGUACUCUGACCAACGGGACCCGGCGCACGGGCAGAAACUCGCGCACCAGUCCUCGCCCGACCUCAAGACCUGGGGUCCCGUGGUGGACGACGCGGCCGAGGCCAACUACACGCAGCGCCCGGGCAUGACCACCAUGGCCAAGAUGGGCAACGGCAUGUACAUCUUCACCUACGAGCUGGGCUUCUCGACCGACGGCCUGCCGACCAACUCGCCGUACGCCGUGCACUACCGCAUCUCGUCGGACCCGGAGUCCUUUGGCGACGCCGCGGAGCACCUCCUGCGCUCCUCGUCCGACGGCAAGAUCCCCAGCUCCAGCCCGUACGUGGUGUGGACGCCCGUCGGCCCCACGGGCAAAGGAACCCUCGUCGUCAGCGACGGCUCGUACUCCGAGGUCUUCAUGAACACCGAUUACGGAGACCCGGGCGCCUGGUUCACCGUCGAAACCACCCACGGCGUAGGCUACAGUCGCAGUUUGACCGUCAUGCCCGACGAGACCAAGGUGAUGCUGGUCAACGGCGGCAUGUACAAUACCAGCGUGACCGUCGUGAGCGCGGGCAUCAUCGACGUCCCCGGCACCUACGCCGAUGGCUUCGGACCGGAGGCGAGUGGUAAGGAUUCUGUCAGUAGCUGUGGAGGAAAAGGAUUUUGGAAUAAUUGGGGAGAGGAAUGGUGA